AUUUUAUAGUAGAUGGGCAGCGGUGGCUUUUAUUUGGAAAGAGCGGAAGUGUGAUCCUCGGGAUUCUUCGUGGAGUUCCGGUGGCUGUGUUGUCAUCGCGUGUUUUCCGCUUCCAUCGUGUACCUGUGUGACAGCCGCCGGAAUGACAGCGUGGAGGGUGACGCGCCGCCACGGCGCUAUAAAUCCACGGAGGUGCAGAUCCACGGACACACGCGGGGAUCGGACACUCACAAUCCGGCAGAGCAGACGCGAGCAUGGGCGCCCUCAUCUCCAGCAUUUUCUCCAGGUUCGUCUCGAAGGACCCCUUCAGGAUCCUGAUGGUGGGUCUGGACGGCGCCGGGAAGACGACCAUCCUGUACAAGCUGAAGCUGGGGGAGGUCGUCACCACCAUCCCAACCAUCGGCUUCAACGUGGAGACGGUGGAGUACAAGAACAUCAGCUUCACCGUCUGGGACGUGGGGGGCCAGAACAGGAUCCGGCUGCUGUGGAGGCAUUACCUGGUCAACACACAGGGCCUGAUCUUUGUGGUGGACAGCAUCGACCCCGAGAGGUUCAAGGAGGCGGCUGAGGACUUCCACGCUUUGCUGGCGGAGCACGAGCUGAGGGAUGCGGCCGUUCUCAUCUUUGCUAACAAACAGGAUUUACCGGGGGCCGCGGCGGUCCAUGACAUCACGGAGGGGCUGGGCCUGUUGGGGGUCCAUCAGCCGUGGCACGUCCAGCCCUGCUGCGCCGUCAGCGGCGCCGGGCUGGCCGAGGGGCUGGACUGGCUCUCCAGUCAGAUCCAGAGUCGGCAGAGGCCGCAGUGACGGACGGCGUCACCGCUGACCGCGGUUCCCUGCUGGGAGAGACGCCCAGAGGAGCAGCGGUGGAGAGGAGCCUGGAGGACCACGAGCAGAGCUCCUGCCCUCGUCCUGCCCCACUGAGGGGCAGAAAGGAGGAGCAGCUGUCCUGGAAGCUUUGAACUGUCAGAAGCUGCAGCGGUGGACGCUCAGAUCCUCGUUUCUCCACCAAACACGCUUUGGACUUCACGAGCUGCCUGUAAAUCCAGAUUUGAAUGAAAUAUUAUAUGUAUGUAUAUUAUUGAAGGACUGAAAACUGUAAUAAAGCCUGUCUGACUGAA